AUGGCGUGGGUACCGAUGGAGUCUGUAGUAGAAGAGUUGAUGCCCCGCCUCUUGCCUGUAGAGCCCUGCGACUUGACAGAAGGUUUUGAUCCCUCUGUGCCCCCGAAGACCCCUCAGGAAUACCUGAGGCGCGUCCAGCUCGAAGCAGCCCAAUGUCCAGAUGUUGUGGUAGCUCAAAUUGAUCCAAAGAAGUUGAAAAGGAAGCAAACUGUGAAUGUUUCUCUUUCAGGUUGCCAACCUGCUCCUGAAGGGUAUUCCCCAACACUUCAGUGGCAACAACAACAAGUAGCACAGUUUUCAACUGUUCGACAGAAUGUGAACAAGCAUAGAAGUCACUGGAAGUCACAGCAGUUGGACAGUAAUGUGACCAUGCCACAAUCUGAGGAUGAAGAAGGCUGGAAAAAAUUCUGUCUGGGUGAAAGGUUAUGUACUGAAGGGACAGUUAGACCAUCUAUAAAUGAAAGUCCAGGAAUUGAUUAUGUGCAGGUUGGAUUUCCUCCCUUGCUUAGUAUUGUUAGCAGAAUGAAUCAGGCAACAAUAACUAGUGUCUUGGAAUACCUGAGUAAUUGGUUUGGAGAAAGAGAAUUUACACCAGAACUGGGAAGGUGGCUUUAUGCUUUAUUGGCUUGUCUUGAAAAACCAUUAUUACCUGAGGCUCAUUCACUGAUUCGGCAGCUUGCAAGAAGAUGCUCUGAAGUGAGGCUUUUAGUGGACAACAAAGAUGAUGAAAGAGUUCCUGCUUUGAAUUUACUAAUCUGCUUAGUUAGCAGGUAUUUUGAUCAACGUGACUUAGCAGACGAGCCAUCUUGA